AUGCGGGAUCUUGCAGCAGCUAGCGACAACAACCAUUCCCGGGGCCUGGUGCACCUUGCGGCCCAGGCACCCCUAGCCCAGCAGCGCCUGGUGGCGGCUCACUCAGGGUUGGUUCGCUCCAUUGCUCGCCGCUUCUUCGGACACGGGGUUUCCCUGUCCGACCUUUACCAUGCGGGAGUCACGGCUUUGCUACGAGCUGCAGCAACCUACAACCCCAAUCUCGCCCCUCAAGCCUCAGACCCCACCUCGCAGCAACCAGUGCUUCCAAAACCGCCCAUUCGAGAGCACGAGCCGAGGAUGAACAGGAUAAGGGGCACAGGGCAAGCUACAGGAGGGGAUGCAGCAUGGGGCGAAGGUCCCACAGGUGGCGCUACAGGCGGCGCUACAGCAGGGGCAGGUAGAGCAGGGGCAGGUAGAGCAGGGGCAGGUGGAACAGGGGCAGGUGGAACAUGGGCAGGUGGAACAGGGGCAGGUGGAACAGGGGCAGGUGGAACAGGGGCAGGUGGAACAGGGGCAGGUGGAACAGGGGCAGGUGGAACAGGGGCAGGCAGAACAGGGGCAGGCGAUGCAAAGGCAGGCGAAGGAAGGACAGCAGGAGAUAACGGAAUUGGCCGUCUACACAAGUGCAAAGCAGGGAGAGGGGGUGGUGGAGGAGGAGGAGCAGCAGCAGCAGUCCAUGUCGUUCUCAUCGUGGGCCAGCCGUCUUGUCUAUCAGUCGACUCAAAAAUCGACUCUUUUCUCCCCCUCCACUCACACCCCUCGCCCUCCACUCACACCCCUCCCUCCACUCACACCCCUCUCCCUCCACUCACACCCCUCUCCCUCCACGCACACCCCUCUCCCUCCACUCACACCCCUCUCCCUCCACUCACACCCCUCUCCCUCCACUCACACCCCUCUCCCUCCACUCACACCCCUCUCCCUCCACUCACACCCCUCUCCCUCCACUCACACCCCUCUCCCUCCACUCACACCCCUCUCCCUCCACUCACACCCCUCUCCCUCCACUCACACCCCUCUCCCUCCACUCACACCCCUCUCCUCCACUCACACCCCUCUCCCUCCACUCACACCCUCUCCCUCCACUCACACCCCUCUCCCUCCACUCACACCCUCUCCCUCCACUCACACCCCUCUCCCUCCACUCACACCCCUCUCCCUCCACUCACACCCCUCUCCCUCCACUCUCCGCUCUCCCCUCACCAGACCCUACAGCAGGAGGUGUGGCGUCGCUCUCCAGUCUUCUCCUUCCCACGAUACGCCUACUUCCAAUACGCUGAGAUUUCUGCUGCCUAUGCUUCAUUCCGCAAGAAGCACGCUCGGGAACCCACCCUCGCAGACCUCUCAGCUGCUACCAGCCUCUCGCCCCAACGGAUUGUGACUGUAUCGAGGGCUAUGAGGCGAGUGAAGAACCCUCUCUCCUUCGACGUAUCCUCCCUGCCCAACCGCACCCAUGCUGAGACAUUCUCCAACGACAAGUCGGACCCCUGGCAGCUUCUACUGGACUCAGAGCAUCUGGUCCUCCUCUCACACGCCCUCUCCUCCCUCGACCCGCACCGUCGCCUCGUGAGUGCACUUUUUGCUAACACCGUCGCCUCCAAAUUCUGGAGCUUCGGUUUGGUCUUAGGGGAUCUUGCGUUGUGCCAUGUGUUGUUCCUGUGCCCCUUCCCCGCACUUGUUGUAAUCUCGCCCUCCCCUUCUCUCCCUUUCUCUGACCGCCCUCGCCCCCCUCGUUUCUGCACCCUGAAUGAGCAGAUUCUGGAGCUUCGGUUUGGCCUGCGGGGGUCUCGCCAAGUCUCGCAAGAGGAGGUGAGUGGAUGCUUUGAUUGCUGCAGCGUUGGGGAUGACACUCAAGAUGGUGUCUUAUUUGGAGGUUUCAGCAUUGAAGCAAUUGAGAAGUCAUGUGUGGGUGGCACUGAUAGAAAGUAA